AUGCUUGUCGAGAAGGUGUUCGGCUUGUACACCAAUCCCACUACCACAACUCCUGCGAAUAGGAAAAAGUCAAACUGGCGUCAUCCCGGAGAAGGCUACAGUGAUCCUUCCGCAAAAAGGGCUCGGACAGAGGACCCUCCUGCGCCAACUCCCUCAAAAGAGACGACUCCUCCUCCAAGUCCUGCUAACCAGAAUCCUCCAGCUUCUGCCGACCCGAGUCCUCCUGCUCAACUAGAUAAAAAUCUGGGGAUUCUGACCGUGAGUACCGGUUGGCGCCGCUCGGAGGAGAUGGUCCCCAAGCAUGCUGAAGAGAUCAAGGCAGUCGAGGGAAGGCUCGCCAAGCAGCACAAGGUGGUCGAGGCUAAGCAUGUUGAGGAGUUGCGAGCAGCUGAGGUUAAGAUCACCAAGCUCGAGGAGGAACGGAAGAAUAAGGAGGAAUCAAUUGCCAAAAUCACUGCCUCCAAGGAGAGGUAUAAGGAGGCCUCGCUGAUAAACUAUUGA